AGCUUAAAGGGUGUACAUUUGUGUAAGAACUGUGAUCAGUUUCUCCUAUUUUACUCAAUCCAAUAUAAUCUGAGAACACCUUCCAUUUCAUUAGCUUUCGAUCAGAGAUGGGACGCAAGUUCUUCGUUGGCGGCAACUGGAAAUGCAAUGGAACUAAAGACGAGGUUAAGCAGAUUGUGUCAACACUUAAUGGCGGUCAAGUGCCAUCUGCAGAUGUUGUAGAGAUUGUGGUGAGCCCGCCGUUUGUGUUCAUCCAAUGCGUAAAAAGUGAACUGAAGUCCCACUUUCAAGUUGCAGCCCAAAAUUGUUGGGUUAAGAAAGGUGGCGCGUUCACUGGCGAAAUUAGUGCAGAAAUGCUUGUCAACUUGGGUAUCCCGUGGGUCAUUAUUGGUCACUCUGAAAGGAGAGCUAUAUUUAAAGAAAGCAACGAAUUUGUAGGAGACAAAGUUGCGUACGCGCUUUCUCAAGGUUUGAAGGUGAUUGCUUGUGUUGGGGAGACUCUUGAAGAACGCGAAGCUGGAACAACUAUGAAAGUUGUUGCUGCACAAACUAAAGCAAUUGCAGACAAGAUCUCAAGCUGGGAUAAUGUCGUCCUUGCAUAUGAGCCCGUUUGGGCUAUUGGAACCGGGAAGGUUGCAACUCCAGCUCAGGCUCAAGAAGUACAUGCAGAGUUAAGGAAAUGGCUUGAAACAAACAUCAAGGCUGAUGUGGCAGCUUCAACAAGGAUUAUCUAUGGAGGAUCUGUGAAUGGUUCCAACUGCAAGGAAUUGGGAGGGCAACAAGAUGUUGAUGGUUUCUUGGUUGGUGGUGCUUCUCUCAAGCCUGAAUUCAUUGAUAUCAUCAAGGCUGCUGAAGUGAAGAAAAGUGCAUGAGUUUUAUAUCAGUUAUGAUGUCAAAUUUUGAGGAAUUCAAUUUAAAUUAGAAAAGAUGUUUUGUCUAAUAAGAGAAUAAGUUGUUAUGUGCAUACAUGAUUUGUUGCUAUAGAAUGUUUUGGCCCAUGUGCGGAUUUAUUCCUGACUAGCCAG